AUGUCGACCCAGGCGUCCAACGCACAUGCGCUAUCCUCUGUCACUUUUCACGACCAUAAUAAAAUACCCAUCCUCAUCUCUCAAUCUGACAAACUAGAACAUUCCCAGCUAGACACCGAUGCACCGUAUGUUGAGGAUGUGUACGAAACAUUACUUCCAAGGUGGAGAGCAACUAUACGAUCCCGAAUUCUCACUUCGGUGAAACGAGAAAGUCAAAUAUUGGCCCGGAUGCAGGCUCGUGAAUGCAUGCGACACCCCUGGUUGGACUUGUAUUUCCUCUAUAGUUCAACUCUUGGCACCCACACCUUCUUCAUGAUUGGCCUUCCCUUGACAUUUUUCUUUGGCUACGAGGAGCUCGGACGAGGCUUAGUGACUGUCUUGGCUUCCGGAGUCUACAUUGUUUCGUUUUUGAAGGACCUUAUUUGUUCACCUCGUCCAUUGGCCCCUCCUGUAACGCGAUUGACCAUCGGGACGCAUCAUCUUGAAUACGGGUUUCCCUCAACGCAUUCUACCAACAGCGUAUCCAUGGCACUUUUUAUCUUUGGCUAUGUUAGACACGCCUACAUUCAAUCAGCCGCAAUCUCAUCGUCGAUUUACUAUGCAUCAUGCGCCAUUCUCGUGAUAUAUGCCGUGACUGUGGUCUUCGGCCGCUUGUACACAGGCAUGCAUUCCUUCACCGACUGCACGGUCGGUGUCUUUCUUGGAAUCAUAAUCUGGGGGGCCUAUGUGAUUAUGAAAGAGUCGUUUGGAAUUUGGCUGGCGACUACUCACUGGACAGUUCCGCUGACGAUGAUUCCUAUCUGUCUACUUCUUGUGCAUUACCACCCACAUCCUGUCGAUGACUGUCCUUGCUUUGAGGAUGCCAUCGCGUUUGUCUCUAGCCUCCUUGGCAUUGCACUAUCCCGGUGGCACAGCGUGUACUCUGGUGUUGACGAGCGCUUAUUGAGUUCUGUGAUGCCCGGACCUGAAGGAACCCUGUGGACUUGGGAGGAUACAGCUUUGUGGUGUACUCUGGCUUGUGUCAAGGUCGUUAUCGGCAUCCUCGUAAUUUUUGUAUGGCGAAUUUUCGCCAAAUCGCUCCUGCACCUCGUUCUUCCUCCACUUUUCCGGUUUCUUGCAUCCUCCUUCGACCUGCCACACCGACGCUUCUAUACCCCUGCGACAGAUUACCAACACAUGCCAGUUGAAAGCAGUUUGCGCGCGAUUCCGAGUGUUAUCGACCUUCCUGGCGUCCUAGAGGUCAGCGCAAUGAAGGAGAGAUCAGCGUUGGGAAGAACAAGUGAGGUCAAGAGAAGAGGUGCAAAAUUGAAUAACGCUUCACCAUUAGCCAAUGGGGAAAUCUACGGCGGAUCCGAGCUCGAGAACAGUAACGGGCCGAUUCAACGCAAAGAAGUGAAGCACUAUGAUGCUGAUGUGUUGACCAAAGUAGUGGUCUAUGCUGGAAUGGCAAUGUUGGCUGGCGAAGGUUUGCCCGUCACAUUUGCCCUUUUGGGCUGGGGCGUCAGGCCGUGGUGA